GUUUGGCUAGACGGCAAAAAUGGGGGUGAAAAAAUCUUGCGUGGUGUUCAGCCUUUGUUUGAUAUUUUUGUGUUGCUCAGCAUCAUCCGAUGUGUUUGAUGGCGUUCUGGGCAAUACAGCGUCUUGCCAUAAAACUUGUCAAAUGACCUAUAGUUUGCACACGUAUCCACGGGAGGAAGAACUAUACGCUUGUCAGAGGGGUUGCCGUCUGUUCUCCAUUUGCCAGUUCGUUGGCGAUAGCGACGAUCUCAAUCAAACCAAAUCAGAAUGCGAUUCUGCAUGUCACGAGGCCUACACCCAGUCAGAUGAGCAGUAUGCAUGCAAUCUGGGAUGUCAGAGCCAGCUUCCAUUUGCAGAGCAAAGGCAAGAGCAGUUGAUGACAAUGAUGCCCAGGAUUCAUCUGCUAUACCCCCUGACUUUGGUGAAGGGCUUCUGGGAUGAUGUCAUGAGCCAAGCCCACAGCUUCAUCACUUCCUCCUGGACAUUCUAUCUCCAGGCAGAUGACGGAAAAGUUGUCAUUUUCCAGACGGAGCCACAGGUUCAGUUCAUUCCUCAAUUUGAACUUCAGAAAGAAGAGAUCAAUGAGGAGCCACAGAGCUCAUUUGAUGGACUGAGCAGCCCUGUUUACAAAGACUACCAGAGAAGCUUCAUCCAGGAGAGAGACAGGGACAUGUACAUAGACCGAGGCAACUCGGAUGAAGACUACAACCUUUUCAGCUGCCUCUCAAGAAACCCAUGGCUGCCAGGCUGGAUCUUGACCACCACUCUGGUUCUCUCAGUCUUGGUUCUGAUCUGGAUCUGCUGUGCUACUGUGGCCACUGCAGUAGAUCAGUAUGUCCCUGCUGAGAAACUGAGCAUAUACGGAGACAUGGAGUACAUGAAGGAAAAGAAACUGAUUCCCUACCCACAAUCCUCUCUAGUGAUCAUCAGCUCUUCAGGAGGAGACGAGGAGGCAGGACCCCUACCAUCGAAAGUCAAUCUCGAUCAGUCUAAUAUUUAAAAUGCACCUGUCACAAAGCAAAAAAGCAGAGACAUCCAAAGUAAUGAGGCUUUCCCUGGUGAUAAAGUCUUAGGCAUUUAACUUUUCAAUCAAAAUUGUAAUUACUGCUUCUAGCACCUUUUCUAUAGCUUUUUCCCUUUUUAAUUUUUAUGGCGGUCUUUUAAAAUUUGGACUUUGGGGGGGGGGGGGGGGGGUUAUGUGUAUAUUGGCACUUUGAGGGUUUAAUACUACCACAAUGACAGCAAUGUAUUAUUAGCUGUUCAGGAUUGGGGUUUUUUUUUUUCCUGGUGUGUUUUUUUUUUGUUGUUUUUUUUGGGGUUGUUUUUUUUUGGUGUAGUAAUGAAGUGAUUUAUUAAAUAAUUACACUGUUUAUUAACAGCUUGUGGAUUUAGGUACAGUAGUGUACGUAGCAAUGUGAAAUUCUGAGUAUUGUAAUAAUUUAUGCUAUGGUUAUCCUUUAGCUGGAAUUAGUGUUUUAAAUCCCAUGGCUUAAGAGGCUAUCCAGAAUAUCAUGACCUGUACCGACGAUGCAUAAAUAUGUGAUGAUCAGCCCGAAAAGCGACAGUUUUACUUACAGUGGGCUGAAGUAUGUGUAAUUUCAUUUCUGUCUUUCUCUGAAAUAAAGUGGUUGGAAAAUAAACCUCA